AGAGCGGGGGUUUGUAAACCGAAGCCAAAGAGUAUCCCCGUGGGCCGGGCGCACUUUUUUUCUUGUCCCGGUGCGCUAGGGCCGCCUGGUGCCUGAGAGGAAACAGUGGAGGCAGCGGGGCAGGUCACCCGGGGCGGCGGCGAUUAUAUUGCGGCCGAGCCGGCGCGCGCCGGGAGAGGCCAGAGGGCAGCGGCGCGCGGGGGCUGGGCGAGGCCCCGCGACCCAAGAGGGAGGCGGUGCAAGGCCGAGGCGGCGGCGCGGCAGCCGGGCAUGAGCGCCUAGUAGCCCAGCCGCCCGGGCUGCCGGGCCUCCGAGGCGACGCGCGUGGGGCGGGCGGGCGGGCGAGCGACAGCAGCGACGUAGCCCGGCGGCCCCAGCGGCGCGAGCGGCCGCCCCAGAGGCCCCCGCGGCAGUGUGGCCGAGUGGAGGCGCGCUCCCUGCUGGCUCCGCGUCGCCCGCCCGCCCUCCCUCGUCCCGAUGAGUUCGUACUUCGUGAACCCGCUGUACUCCAAGUACAAGGCGGCGGCCGCAGCGGCGGCGGCUGCAGCGGCGGCGGCGGGCGAGGCCAUCAAUCCCACUUACUACGACUGUCACUUCGCGCCCGAGGUCGGCGGCCGCCACGCCGCCGCCCUGCAGCUCUAUGGCAACAGUGCUGCCGGCUUCCCGCACGCGCCCCCGCAGGCGCACGCGCACCCGCACCCAUCCCCGCCGCCCGGGUGCGGCGGUGGGGGCGGCCCGGGCCCCGGCCCCGGCCAGGACUACUUCCACCCCGGCGGGGGCAGCCCGGCCGCUGCCUACCAGGCCGCCCCACCUCCUCCUCCGCAUCCUCCGCCUCCGCCGCCGCCUCCCCCCUGCGGCGGGAUUGCCUGUCACGGGGAGCCCGCGAAGUUUUACGGAUACGAUAACUUACAGAGACAGCCGAUUUUUACGACCCAGCAAGAGGCCGAGCUGGUACAAUAUCCUGACUGUAAAUCGUCCAGUGGUAAUAUUGGCGAGGACCCAGACCACUUAAAUCAGAGCUCGUCUCCUUCUCAAAUGUUUCCCUGGAUGAGACCACAAGCUCCUGGUAGACGAAGAGGAAGACAAACCUACAGCCGUUUCCAAACCCUAGAGCUGGAAAAGGAAUUCCUUUUUAACCCUUAUCUGACUAGGAAGAGAAGAAUCGAGGUUUCCCACGCUCUGGCCCUCACCGAGAGACAGGUAAAAAUCUGGUUCCAAAACAGGAGAAUGAAAUGGAAAAAGGAGAACAACAAGGACAAAUUUCCCGUUUCCCGGCAGGAGGCGAAGGACGGGGAAACCAAAAAGGAAGUCCAAGAGCCGGAGGAAGACCGAGCUGAAGACCCGACAAAUUAACUCCUACCUUUAAAUUUUACCACAGACUGUUAAAACUAGUGAUCAACAUAUGCUGGUGGAUGCUUUUCUUUUUCGGAAAGGACCUUACCCGUGUUUCAAGCUACCUUCACGUCACUGCUCUUGAGGUUUCUACGCUUUCAGAGGGAUUUGGGUGUUUUAAAGUUUCUAGUAUCGCACAGAAGCAGUCCUUGAGUUGUCAUAUAAAAGGGUAAUUUGAUACUGACCUUGUAGCUAUAUUUUUAUAAUGGUAGUUUCUAAUGUCUGAGCUGGUGAUUUGCCUCAACAACGUAAACUUCCUAAUGAUUAGCACUAAGUAAUUAAAUAUAAAAUGCUUUAUUAAUAAAUCAAGUGCACUUGAACAUUCAAAAUCUUUUCUUUAUGGUGAGUAAAUUAAGUCUAUUAA